GGAGUCCGUUGGAUUUCCUCGAGAAAAGUGACGGGCGCGAGCCACACUGCCCGAUGUUGUUCCGUUGUAAAUAACUUGGAAGUCAAAGGAAUGAACACAGGAAUGCAUUGACACGUUAUGUUGCAAUCUAUCACCGUAGCACUUGCAUUCACAUUGCGCCCGCAACAUAUCGAAGUAACGUCUCGGAGCGAAUUUGUUUGCUUUGUUGAAUGCCCGGGGGAUGGCAGGCGGUCCCAGUGAACUAUCGAGCUGGGACUGAGGCUGCAGAGAAGCGGGGCCAGAAUGAGCACGGAGAGGAUUCUCGACGGAGACUCCGACGACGGCGUGCUGGUGCACAAUCGCGGACUGACCAACGUGGGCGUCGUGAAUGAGGGAGCAGACAUUGUGAGUGAGGAGCAGGGGGAGAGAGAGGCGGAGCAGAAGGAGGUUGUGCCUGUAAAGUUGCCUCAAGACCUGCCGUCAUCUCAAUCUUCCCUGCCACGGGGUCCUUUUUUGCCUCUCCAAAAGGACACUGUCUACUUCCGCGAUGGGAUCCGUAGAAUCGACUUCAUUCUCGCUUACGACGAUGAGAAUAAUUCUCAGGGGGACAUCAAGAAUCAGGAGAAGAGGUCCAAGUAUCAGGCGAGUCUAAUGAAGAUGGGUCUGGAGCUGGAGAUGGAGCCCAAGGAGGAGUCAGUGAGCGGACGCACCACCUACGUGAAGGUGCACGCGCCGUGGGCCUCGCUGAGCACCUACGCCGAGAUCCUGCACAUUCAGGUGCCACUCAAAGAGAGCGACCUCACCCGGGGGUCGCGCUCACAGCAUGGACUUCUGGACUACCUGAGCAAGCCAUUCCGCCUGAAGCCAGGAGCCGUGCCUGAAGAACCUGAAUACUUCACGUCUCCGUUCAAGCAUUCGCAGCAGGACUUCUACUCCAUCACAGACCACGAAGUCCUCAUCCCGCCAGCCAUACGUAGCCAAAUCGUGCACUACAUGCUGCUCCAGUGUGGCGUCUCGCAGGACAGUAAAAAGACGUUCAACUAUAACCAGAUGAUGGACAAUGGCUGCUACACCGUUGCCUACCCACUGCACGAUAGUCAGUACGAGUACCCGCCAGAGGACUCGAGCAGUCGGGGCGACCGCAACACCUUGUGGCGCGAGUGGGCGAGACCCAGGCGCUUCUUCAAGGAGCAGCCUCUCGAUCUUGUGCGCUCGUACUUUGGCGAGCAGGUGGCUCUGUACUUCGCGUGGCUCGGCUUCUACACGAAGAUGCUGAGCGUUGCGGCGCUCGUUGGCCUCGCGUGCUUCCUCUUCGGAGCAGUUAACAAAGAGCAAAGCUUCUCUAACGAAGAGUUGUGUGACGACGCGUUGAGCGGGGCCCUGGUCAUGUGCCCCCAGUGCGACAAGACGUGCACCUUCUGGAUGCUGAACAGUACCUGCGAAUCUGCCAAGAAUUCCUACAUGUUUGACAACCCGGCCACCAUAUUCUUUGCAGUGUUCAUGGGACUUUGGGCCAUGGUGUUCCUGGAGAUGUGGAAGCGCUCCCAGGCGUCGCUUGCAUUCCGAUGGGACCUGACGGCAGCCGCGCAGGCCGGGCCGGCGCGGCCCGAGUACGAGGCUCGCUGCUCCGGCAAGAAGCUCAACGUCGUCACCAUGGAGGAGGAGCCCCAUGUGCCCAAGACCACCCUGAGGCUUCGCUACUGUCUGUCCGGAGUCACGGUACUCUUCUGGAUGCUCCUGAUCAUCGCGAGCAUCCUGGGCGUCAUUGUGUACCGCCUCUCCAUCUUCAUCAUCUUUGCCUCGAGUAUUCCCAAGCAGGUGUCUGAAAUCAAGGUGAUCGGCACGUUGCUCACGCCACAAAUGGCCACCUCCAUCACGGCCUCCGUCCUCAACGUCAUAGUCAUCAUAAUCCUCAACAAGUGCUAUGACAGGCUGGCUCUUGUCCUCACCGACCUGGAGAUGCCCAAGACGCAGGUAGACUUUGAGAAUCGGCUGACACUCAAGAAAUUCCUCUUCCAGUUCAUCAACUACUACUCCGCUUGCUUCUACAUCGCAUUCUUCAAGGGCAAAUUCAUCAGCUAUCCCGGGGACUAUACGUACCUCGGCGUAUGGAGAAACGAGGAGUGUUCCCCAGCCGGAUGUCUCGUUGAACUAACUACUCAGCUCACCAUCGUCAUGGGCGUCAAGCAGAUCUUGGGCAAUUUCCAGGAAAUCAUCCUCCCGUGGUUCAUGACUUGGUGGGCCCAGCGUCGAGCUAAGCAGCGCCCACAGGAUGUCUACACGCGCUGGGAGCAGGACAAGGACCUGCAACCACAGAGCAAGCUCGGGCUCUUCAACGAGUACCUUGAGAUGGUCAUCCAGUUCGGAUUUGUGACGCUCUUCGUAGCAUCGUUCCCUCUCUCCCCGCUGCUCGCGCUGCUCAACAAUGUCAUGGAGGUGCGCGUCGACGCCUGGAAGCUGGUCACGAAGACGCGGAGGCCCGUCGUGUCUCGAGCAAGCGGCAUCGGGGCCUGGGAGGACAUCUUGGGCGUCGUGGCCACCCUGUCCGUUCUCACCAACGUGUGCAUCGUGGCUUUCACAUCGGACAUCAUCCCACGCCUCGUGUACUACUAUGGCUACUCGGCAGGGCAUGGCACGGGUUUUCCCACCAUGCGCGGGUACAAUGAAAACAGCCUCUCCGUCUUCAACAUCAGCGACUUCCAGGAGCAGAAUAUUCCCGACGAGCUGCCGCCCUGGUUCGACCUGGCGAUCCACACCACCUGCAGAUACAGGGAUUAUCGCUACCCCCCUGGUCAUCCUCAGGCAUACUCCCUCAACAUGCAGUACUGGCACGUACUAGCGGCCAAGCUAGCCUUCGUCAUUGUCACGGAGCACGUCGUAUUCCUCACCAACUCCUUCAUUGCCUACGUCAUCCCGGACAUGCCGUCCCACGUGCGCGCGUGCGUGCGUCGCGAGCGCUUCCUCGUGCACAAGAUCUUGGAGCAGGCGGAGUUGGGGCGGCUCCGCGACUCCCUGCUCGCCGACGCGCCCGGACCCUCGACGCCGCCGCCGUCGCCCCCAGACCCACGCGUAGGGUCAGCAGACGGAGCCGGCCCCACUGCUCCGCACUCAUCGGAAGGAGGACGAGGGCCGGACGGAGGACGAGUAGGGCAGAGAAGAGGAAGGCAAAUGGAAAGUCCAGCUCCCCACAAAGAGAUGUGAGGAAGGACGGACGACGAGAAGAAGAGGUUGACUUUAUUUGCAUCUGCUCACUGGAAUUCCAAUCUCAACAAACUGGUGUAGAGCAGGUGGUCGACCUGCUCGCCGAUUUCCAUGUGGACAAAUACUCACAAAGGACAAGGACAACGAUCCCUCGUGAAGCCUUAACACACUGUAGGAGCAAGUGCAGUUAACGAGCACCCAUGAAGGCCAGCAUGGCAUAUUGGCGAUAUUCACACAUCGCAUGAGGUACUGACUUGAGACUGAGUCCACCUAGAGGAUGUCCGGGACCGGUUCAGAUAAUCGUAGUUGGUGGUGGCUGUGAGCGGGAAUUGAACCGGGAAAACCAGGGUUCGUAGCGCAGCACGCUAACCACUACACUUCCGCUCCCCAACACGCAUGCACAUGUACACACGAAAAUGCAGAGAUACGUGGAAAAAUAAACAGGCACACGAGUACUCUGCACAUAUGCACUGACCACAUACACGCACAUACACUCACAACACAGACACAAACAUUCAUACAGAGGCACAUGCACACAGAUCCAUACACACAAAGACAGGCACACAUGCACACAUAUUUACACAGACCCGACGCAGAAAUGUGCGUACAUUAUACAGAAUCCACACAAAGAGAUAGCAUGCACCCAUAAACCA